AUUUUGGUGAUCACCAAUAAGAAAAUAAGUGAAAGCACUCAAUAAUUAUUAUAUUAAAAAGUGUGAUACUUCAAAGUUCACCACUUCCGAUAGUAAAGAAAAUUUGAUUAAUCAAACAUUCAAUUCAUCCUAAAUAACGUUUUCUUUCAUUUCAAACGAAAUUUGUCUUUGUUUUGCGUAGAGUUUGAAGAUACAUUUUGAACCACGUAAUCUUUUUCAAAUUGUGAAAUUGGAGAACAUUCUCUAAAACAAUUCAAAAUGUUGAAUUUCAUCAUCGAAACGUUUAAACAAAGGGUCUUACUUCCUUUCCUCGCAUGGUUAUGGCAUUUUGCAGAAUCACUCGAUCCCAUUGAAAACCAUCAGCCAAUUGAAAAUCAUCAAUCAAAUCAAUGGCAAAAUACCAAUAAUGACUCAUCGAGACAGUACCCAGAACAGUACAAUCCAGAUCCGUUUGAAUCAAGUUAUAGCAAUGACCGGUAUACAUCAAGACAGUUCGGUACAAAUUCGUUUGGAUCAAGUUAUAACAAGAGCCAAAUCCCGGAUAACUCUACUUCACAACCCACAAGAAAACCAAAAGAGCAAUCUUGGUGGGAAAAAUUAAUUGCGUUUGCUGGAGGAAUGAUCCCAUCUGUAGUUGAUAUAAUAAAAAAAGGUGCAUUGUUCAUAGUUAGAUAUUGUGGAAAAGAUGUUUUGUACGCCAACGCGUCGAAUCCAGUCGUGCAAUAUUAUUUGCUAAAAUUGCAAAGAUCUUCGGAGCAUGAAUACAUAAGUGCUCUUCAAAAAAUGCUUCAAUUCGAAAUGGAGGAGGAAGAAAAUGAGCUUAAAAAGUAUCAGCGAAACAAUGUGAAACUUGAAUACCAUAAAGAUCGCAUAUUUCAUUUUCCAAUAACUGAUGACAUGACGGAAAUGUGCAAUGCCAUUGAUGAAAAUCAAUUGAAUCACUUUAUUUUGGUGCCAAAUAAUCAAGAUAUAUUCCAACGAGAAAUCAUGGGAAGGAUAAUGCAACACAAAGACGGAAAAGUUUAUAUUGAAAUAAGAAAUGCAGAAGCAUUUAAAUUAGUUGAUACGAAGCAAAAAUAUACAAUGGAUUUUCAAGUCAUUCGCAAAAAUCACGAUCUUCAAAUGACCGCGUUGCAAUAUGUCGGGGAACACAAUUUGUUUAAAUGUUUAAUAAAAAAUCCCGCAUAUCAUAGAAUUGGUGAAAUAGUAUCUAGAUCGCAGGUUAAUUAUAAGUUAUCGCCCGAUAAUGAAAAAAGUGUCAACAUUAUUUACUACAAACCAUUGGCCCGAGAUGAAUACAAUGAAAAUCUAUAUUCCAACCAACGAUAUUUUCAAUCCAAAGUCUUCAUGGGUCUGAAUGCUGAACAAAAAUCAGCCGUCGUAAAUAUUGUUAGUGGCAAAAAUUUUCCACUGCCUUAUUUAUUGUAUGGUCCGCCUGGAACUGGCAAAACGAUGACACUGGUCGCAGCCAUUGAGCAAAUUGUACGAUUGACGAACAAAAAAAUAUUAGUUUGUGCAAUGUCAAAUGCUGCGUGCGAUGAAAUCACAGAGCGUCUACUGACGGUUUUAAAUAAAUAUGAAAUUUAUCGAUUGUAUGCAUUUUCAUAUAAUUUGGACAACAUAAGCUCAUCCAUAAAAAAAGUUUGCAAUAUAGCCGAAGACAAAUUGUAUAGCCCGCCAUUAUCAACUUUAUACCAGUUUCGCGUCUUAAUUUGUACACUUUCCACUGCCGGUUGUUUGGCCGUGAAUCGUGCUAAUGACUCAUUGUUCAACGUACGUCAAUUUCAGUAUGUCUUUAUUGAUGAAUGCGCCAGUUCGUCCGAAACUAUGACAUUAAUUCCCAUAUCUGGUUUAUGCUCGUCGCCGAAAAAGAUUCAUGCGAAUAUUAUAUUGUCUGGGGAUCCAAAGCAACUCCCUGCCGUCAUUAAAUCAAAGAAAGCCGAGGAAUUGGGUUUUAAGAUUUCAUUGAUGGAACAUUUGUUGGAAAAGGGCAUUUAUAAACGUGACAGAAAAUCUGACAAAUUUGAUGAAACAUAUAUUACGCAAUUAGUUCAAAACUAUCGAUCCCACAAAGCAAUUCUACAAAUUCCCAACAAACUUUUUUACGAUGAUCAAUUGAAAGCAAUGGCAUCAGAAGAAAUAACACAACGGUUUCUUCAUGCACAAAUUUUACCAUCGAAGAAUUUUCCCAUCAUUUUUAAAUCAGUGCAAGGAUUUUAUGAAAGAGAAGAAAAAGAUAAAAGUUUAUUCAAUAAAAAGGAGAUCGAUACGGUCAUUUCUUACGUGAAUAAACUGUUACAGAAUAAAAAUCCUCCUGUCGAUCAAUCGGAUAUUGGCAUUGUGACUCCGUACAAAGCACAGUGUAAAAGAAUCACCCAAAUUUGUCGCAAAAACAACUGGAAUAUCACCGUUGGUACAUCCGAAGUUUUCCAAGGUAAAGAGAAAGCAGUGAUGAUUGUGUCUACCGUACGAGCUGGCGGAAAGUAUUUGGGAUUCGUGAAUGAUCCAAGACGAAUGAAUGUGGUUCUUACUCGGGCUAAGAGUCUUUUGAUCAUUGUGGGCGAUCCGCAUACGCUUGCGCUAGAUGAAAAUUGGGCCGCUUUAAUCAAAUUUUGUUUGGAUAAUAAGUGCUUGAUACAAAGUUCCAAAAAGAUUAAAAUGUGAUGUUACAUAUAAA